ACUCGUGCGGCCAUGGGCCUGACGGCCAGCGCGGAGAAGCCCGAGGGCGGCGCGGAGGGAUUCCAUCUGCACGGGGUUCAGGAGAACUCUCCGGCUCAGCGGGCCGGCCUGGAGCCGUUCUUUGAUUUCAUCAUCACCAUUGGCCACGCGAGGCUGAACAAGGAGAGCAGCACCCUGAAGGACCUGCUGAAGGCCAACAUGGAGAAGCCAGUGAAGCUGGAGGUGUACAGCAUCAAGACGCUGAGGGUGCGUGAGGUGGAGGUGGUGCCCAGCAACAUGUGGGGAGGCCAGGGCCUGCUGGGGGCCAGCGUGCGCUUCUGCAGCUUCCAGAGGGCCAACGAGCACGUGUGGCAUGUUUUGGACGUGGAGCCUUCAUCCCCCGCAGCCCUGGCUGGGCUUCAGCCCUACACUGACUAUGUGGUUGGCUCCGACCAGAUUCUCCAGGAGUCGGAGGACUUCUUCACACUCAUUGAGUCCCACGAGGGGAAGCCGUUGAAGCUGAUGGUUUAUAACGCUGAGACCGACUCGUGCCGUGAGGUGGUCGUGACUCCCAAUGGCGCCUGGGGUGGAGAAGGCAGUCUAGGAUGUGGAAUUGGAUAUGGCUAUUUGCACCGGAUCCCGACUGUCAGCCCAAAGAAACCCCUGGACACUACUCCGCCUGUGGCCCUCCCCACUGAAACCCUGUUGCCUGGCCUGGGCCAGGGAGGCUACACAGAGGCUUCGCUGCAGGCACCAGAUUCCCCAUUUGAUGGGGCUGUGGACGUCCUCGAUGUGGACCAGUCCUCAGCCUCAAGGACGGAUGCUUAUUCCAUGGAGACGUCGCUUCAACCACCUCCCCCUGUCCAGCGAGUCAUGGACCCAGGGUUUCUUGAUGUUUCAGGUAUCGCCCUUUUGGACACCACUGAUGUCACACCCCUGCCCAACACAACUUCCUCUGUCUCCCUCCGCUCUUUGGGGGAGUCUGUGAUAGGAACUGAGGGUGGCCUCCCCAGCACAGAGCCACUUGUAUACAAAGAUGAAGCCACAGGGUUUGGGUCGGACCCUGAGGGCUCUGUACUGAAUGGCUCGGGGCCACGUUUGCAGCAGCCAGAUUCUGGCUCACCUGUGACCCUUCCCAACGACGUCUGCUCCAAGGCAGUGCUUGAGACCGAUGAAGCCCCCGACCUUCUACCGGCCGAGGCCGACGUGCCACCUGUGGAGGAGAGCAGGGUGCGAGCUGAAUCAGAGGGGGCAGGCACUGCUCUCAAUUGACGCACCUGCACAGCUGGCCCCCCACCCCUGGAAGACUCCCCUUGGCUUCGCAUCCUCCCGAAUGUCCCCACGCCUGCCUGAUUGAAUACCAGUGACCUCUGGUGAUCACAGUUCUUGCUGUGGAUUGGGAGACUGUGUAUGGUCAGGAGCCCAUGGCUCCCAGGGCUGUCCACAGCCCCGACUUGGCUUCUCUGCUGACCUUCAGAGCCUUGGGCCUUAACAGGGCGUGAAGGACACGUGGACUUUGUGUAAUCAGAGCCCCCUGACUGAGUUCCUGGAUCUCUGGGGUAGGAAAACAAGUGGGAGAACCUUCCAGGCCCUUCCUGGGAGGCCCCCCUGAGCCACAGAUAACAGGGAGCAUUAGAAGCCUGGCUUAGCCCUGGUAUCAGUUUUUUUCCACCAUUGUGGCCCAGGAGGUGAUUCUAAGCAGCUGGCCCAUGUGAAGGGCCUGGACAAGGAAGCAGCAGGUUGCUGAUGAGCUGUGGGGCCUUCAGGAGGCAUGGGUUCAGGGGGAGAUCCCAAGGGGCGUGAGGCUGCACCUCGCCCCAGGCACAAGGUUGCCCAGAUGGGACUGUCAUUAGGGGCUGCUUUUGUCUCACAAGGAGGCUUGCUGUCAUUCAGUCUGGGUCUAGAUUGAUUAUUUAGAGAGAGUAAUAGAGGCAAAGCCCCCCCAGAGGGGAUGGGCUGCACGUUGCAAUCAUGAGGCGCAGGGAAAGGGGAAGUGGCUGAGCCGCACUUCCGACCGGAGGGACCCUGGUGCAGGACGUGGGGUGGGGCUGGCCCACGCUGUCGGGGUGACCCCAGGGGGUAUUCUCGGGACAUGAAGGACAUAGGGGUGGGAUUUGGGGGAGGGAUCAGUCCUUUGUUCUCCCCUGGUGUGAGAAGCACAAGCCAACUGGAUGGAUGAUGGCCCCCCCCCUCCCCCCCCCCCCGGCGGGAGGCUCAUGUUUUUGUGAUUCCCACUUCUGGGGUGGAGUGUGUGUGGUGCUGGUUAACACUAAUCUGAUGCUGGGUGGGUUCCUUGGCCUUUCGAUAAAGACGUUCAGU